AUGAACUUUUUGACCCUCUGCAGACCUGUGCCUCGUCUCGGUCAGGAUCCUAACACAGAGGUGGAUUUGGAACUGGAGUUCAAUGCGACCUCCACAGUACCUAUCCCCAAGGGCAGUGACAUUGUUGAAACAUUGAAAGAGGCUCUGACCAAUCCAAACUCUAACUUCAACUUAUCUUUGGAUCUCAACUCCAUCACUGAUCCUAACACAGAGGUGGAUUUGGAACUGGAGUUCAAUGCGACCUCCACAGUACCUAUCCCCAAGGGCAGUGACAUUGUUGAAACAUUGAAAGAGGCUCUGACCAAUCCAAACUCUAACUUCAACUUAUCUUUGGAUCUCAACUCCAUCACUGAUCCUAACACAGAGGUGGAUUUGGAACUGGAGUUCAAUGCGACCUCCACAGUACCUAUCCCCAAGGGCAGUGACAUUGUUGAAACAUUGAAAGAGGCUCUGACCAAUCCAAACUCUAACUUCAACUUAUCUUUGGAUCUCAACUCCAUCACUGAUCCUAACACAGAGGUGGAUUUGGAACUGGAGUUCAAUGCGACCUCCACAGUACCUAUCCCCAAGGGCAGUGACAUUGUUGAAACAUUGAAAGAGGCUCUGACCAAUCCAAACUCUAACUUCAACUUAUCUUUGGAUCUCAACUCCAUCACUGAUCCUAACACAGAGGUGGAUUUGGAACUGGAGUUCAAUGCGACCUCCACAGUACCUAUCCCCAAGGGCAGUGACAUUGUUGAAACAUUGAAAGAGGCUCUGACCAAUCCAAACUCUAACUUCAACUUAUCUUUGGAUCUCAACUCCAUCACUGAUCCUAACACAGAGGUGGAUUUGGAACUGGAGUUCAAUGCGACCUCCACAGUACCUAUCCCCAAGGGCAGUGACAUUGUUGAAACAUUGAAAGAGGCUCUGACCAAUCCAAACUCUAACUUCAACUUAUCUUUGGAUCUCAACUCCAUCACUGAUCCUAACACAGAGGUGGAUUUGGAACUGGAGUUCAAUGCGACCUCCACAGUACCUAUCCCCAAGGGCAGUGACAUUGUUGAAACAUUGAAAGAGGCUCUGACCAAUCCAAACUCUAACUUCAACUUAUCUUUGGAUCUCAACUCCAUCACUGAUCCUAACACAGAGGUGGAUUUGGAACUGGAGUUCAAUGCGACCUCCACAGUACCUAUCCCCAAGGGCAGUGACAUUGUUGAAACAUUGAAAGAGGCUCUGACCAAUCCAAACUCUAACUUCAACUUAUCUUUGGAUCUCAACUCCAUCACUGAUCCUAACACAGAGGUGGAUUUGGAACUGGAGUUCAAUGCGACCUCCACAGUACCUAUCCCCAAGGGCAGUGACAUUGUUGAAACAUUGAAAGAGGCUCUGACCAAUCCAAACUCUAACUUCAACUUAUCUUUGGAUCUCAACUCCAUCACUACCUGUGCCUCGCUCGGUCAGGAUCCUAACACAGAGGUGGAUUUGGAACUGGAGUUCAAUGCGACCUCCACAGUACCUAUCCCCAAGGGCAGUGACAUUGUUGAAACAUUGAAAGAGGCUCUGACCAAUCCAAACUCUAACUUCAACUUAUCUUUGGAUCUCAACUCCAUCACUGUGAUAAAUGCCCCUGCUACAACAACUGUUCCUGCUACAACUGCCAUAACAACGGCACCUCCUCCAGUGGUGGAAUUACAAGUCACCUUGCAGCAAGCUUUUGUACCAGCCUUGACUGACCCUCAAAGCACAGAAUUCAAAACACUAUCAGUAACCAUUACUACAAUUUGUGACACAAUCUUCCGACAAAGAUAUGGGCUUAGUUUCAUUCAGACGACUGUUACUCAAUUCAGACCUGUGCCUCGUCUCGGUCAGGAUCCUAACACAGAGGUGGAUUUGGAACUGGAGUUCAAUGCGACCUCCACAGUACCUAUCCCCAAGGGCAGUGACAUUGUUGAAACAUUGAAAGAGGCUCUGACCAAUCCAAACUCUAACUUCAACUUAUCUUUGGAUCUCAACUCCAUCACUGUGAUAAAUGCCCCUGCUACAACAACUGUUCCUGCUACAACUGCCAUAACAACGGCACCUCCUCCAGUGGUGGAAUUACAAGUCACCUUGCAGCAAGCUUUUGUACCAGCCUUGACUGACCCUCAAAGCACAGAAUUCAAAACACUAUCAGUAACCAUUACUACAAUUUGUGACACAAUCUUCCGACAAAGAUAUGGGCUUAGUUUCAUUCAGACGACUGUUACUCAAUUCAGACCUGUGCCUCGUCUCGGUCAGGAUCCUAACACAGAGGUGGAUUUGGAACUGGAGUUCAAUGCGACCUCCACAGUACCUAUCCCCAAGGGCAGUGACAUUGUUGAAACAUUGAAAGAGGCUCUGACCAAUCCAAACUCUAACUUCAACUUAUCUUUGGAUCUCAACUCCAUCACUGUGAUAAAUGCCCCUGCUACAACAACUGUUCCUGCUACAACUGCCAUAACAACGGCACCUCCUCCAGUGGUGGAAUUACAAGUCACCUUGCAGCAAGCUUUUGUACCAGCCUUGACUGACCCUCAAAGCACAGAAUUCAAAACACUAUCAGUAACCAUUACUACAAUUUGUGACACAAUCUUCCGACAAAGAUAUGGGCUUAGUUUCAUUCAGACGACUGUUACUCAAUUCAGACCUGUGCCUCGUCUCGGUCAGGAUCCUAACACAGAGGUGGAUUUGGAACUGGAGUUCAAUGCGACCUCCACAGUACCUAUCCCCAAGGGCAGUGACAUUGUUGAAACAUUGAAAGAGGCUCUGACCAAUCCAAACUCUAACUUCAACUUAUCUUUGGAUCUCAACUCCAUCACUGUGAUAAAUGCCCCUGCUACAACAACUGUUCCUGCUACAACUGCCAUAACAACGGCACCUCCUCCAGUGGUGGAAUUACAAGUCACCUUGCAGCAAGCUUUUGUACCAGCCUUGACUGACCCUCAAAGCACAGAAUUCAAAACACUAUCAGUAACCAUUACUACAAUUUGUGACACAAUCUUCCGACAAAGAUAUGGGCUUAGUUUCAUUCAGACGACUGUUACUCAAUUCAGACCUGUGCCUCGUCUCGGUCAGGAUCCUAACACAGAGGUGGAUUUGGAACUGGAGUUCAAUGCGACCUCCACAGUACCUAUCCCCAAGGGCAGUGACAUUGUUGAAACAUUGAAAGAGGCUCUGACCAAUCCAAACUCUAACUUCAACUUAUCUUUGGAUCUCAACUCCAUCACUGUGAUAAAUGCCCCUGCUACAACAACUGUUCCUGCUACAACUGCCAUAACAACGGCACCUCCUCCAGUGGUGGAAUUACAAGUCACCUUGCAGCAAGCUUUUGUACCAGCCUUGACUGACCCUCAAAGCACAGAAUUCAAAACACUAUCAGUAACCAUUACUACAAUUUGUGACACAAUCUUCCGACAAAGAUAUGGGCUUAGUUUCAUUCAGACGACUGUUACUCAAUUCAGACCUGUGCCUCGUCUCGGUCAGGAUCCUAACACAGAGGUGGAUUUGGAACUGGAGUUCAAUGCGACCUCCACAGUACCUAUCCCCAAGGGCAGUGACAUUGUUGAAACAUUGAAAGAGGCUGUGACCAAUCCAAACUCUAACUUCAACUUAUCUUUGGAUCUGAACUCCAUCACUGUGAUAAAUGCCCCUGCUACAACAACUGUUCCUGCUACAACUGCCAUAACAACGGCACCUCCUCCAGUGGUGGAAUUACAAGUCACCUUGCAGCAAGCUUUUGUACCAGCCUUGACUGACCCUCAAAGCACAGAAUUCAAAACACUAUCAGUAACCAUUACUACAAUUUGUGACACAAUCUUCCGACAAAGAUAUGGGCUUAGUUUCGUUCAGACUACUGUUACUCAAUUCAGACCUGUGCCUCGUCUCGGUCAGGAUCCAAACACAGAGGUGGAUUUGGAACUGGAGUUCAAUGCGACCUCCACAGUACCUAUCCCCAAGGGCAGUGACAUUGUUGAAACAUUGAAAGAGGCUGUGACCAAUCCAAACUCUAACUUCAACUUAUCUUUGGAUCUGAACUCCAUCACUGUGAUAAGGACCUCAAGCACAGCCACAGAUGUCUCGACAAAUACAACAGCUACACCUGUUGCAACAUCAACAACAAAAGGAAUCACAACCACUACUUCCAUCUCAGUCGCUGUUCCUGUUACCACAGUACCUGGUUCUGCCAUCACAAUACCAACUGGAGAACCCGUCACUGUUCUUGUUACUGGUUAUACAACUACAACCCCAUCUGUGGCCACCUCAACUACUGUUUCAAGCACAGCACCAACAUUGGCUAUGACAACUACCAGCACAACUCCAACAACUACUUCUACUACUACGACAACAACUACCACAACGACUGCACAUCUUGCAGUGGUUACAUUACAAGUCACCAUACAAGAGGUUUUUGUACCAGCUUUGAGUAAUCCUCAAAGCACAGAAUUUCAAACACUUGCGGUAACCAUUACUUCAGUGUGUGACGUGAUCUAUCGAGCAAAAUAUGGGAUAUUUUUCAUCCGGACGAUUGUCAUUUCAUUCAUACCAGUGUUCCGUUCUCGUAUGGCAGCAGACACACAGGUGGAGCUGGAAGUGGUGUUCAAUGAGACCGCCAUUGCAACUAUCGCUAAUGCAACUAUGCCCAAGGACAUUGACAUUAAAGAUACACUGAAAGAGGCUGUGACCAAUCCAAACUCUACCUUCAACCUCUCUGUGGUUCCAAACUCCAUCACUAUUAUCAGGGUCCCAAAUACAUCCACAGGUGCCACCACAAUUACAACGGCUACUCCUGUCAUCACAACCGUUGUCACAGCUGCUCCAACCACUACAACUGCUGCUGCCACCACAACCUCUGUGGCCACAAAUACACUUACUACAGUGUCUGUGGAGUUCACGUCCAAAGGAGAAACAUUUAUCUCCGACCUAUCAACCUCAUCUUCUCAGGCCUUUCAAACUCGAGCAUCACUGAUUAAAACACAGCUUGAACCUUUCUAUCGAUCAGCUUUCGCCUCUUUCAACAGUUUGACAGUAAUAAAAUUCAGAAAUGGAUCAAUCAUUAACACCAUGAAUUUAGCAUUUAGCUCCUCCGCUGUGCCAAAUUCCAAGGAAAUUGGCACCGUUUUGAUAAAGGCUGCACAAAACAUCACAGCUUUCAACAUCAACCCCACGUCAGUUACUGUCAGCGGUGAAGUUGUGACCUCAAGUGGUAUAAGCAGCAAGACCAGUCUCUUCACUGCUUCCUGUCUGGUGGUGUUGUCGCUGCUGCUGUCAAGCUAGUCUCAGCAGCAAGCAGCAGUAUGAAAUAUCUUAACUUUGAAAAUGUAUUUACCUCAUGUCCCCCACU